CAAUUGUACCUAGGAUGCUCAAUAAUUGUAUCCAAGCUCAUCCUCCUUCCAGAGUUAGACGUAAGGUGUAUGAGUUCUCUUGUCUUUUGCCUGAUACUCUUAAAUUUGAACGAGUUCCCCAUGGGGAUAUCUGGGAAAGUCUAUUCAACAAUCAUAUUCCAGGUAAAGAAGAUAUAGGAUUGUAUUUCUUUACAAGUGAGAAAGAAAGGUUUAAGAGAUAUUUUGCUCUGGUGGAGUUCAUGCGUAGCAAAGAUUUGGUGAUGAGAACACUUAUAAAUGAUGUUGAGCUGCUUAUACUUGCAUCCACAACCCUGUGUAGUGAUUCUCAAAAAUGGAACCGCGAGUACUUCAUAUGGGGAUUAUUUUACCGCAUGGGACAAGACACAGAUGGAUGUGCUAAGGAGGCAGCAACAAAGUGAUUGAUAUCGAGAUAGACAUGCUAGAUGUGGAGAAAAUGUAGGAACGCUGGACAUUGUUGUCUCGAUAAUUACUUUCCGUGUUGAUCUUACUAGUUGAGCAGACUUUUGUUACUUGUAGGACUCUUUUUAUUCAGUUUUAAUAUUAAUUUUAUACUUAUCAGCUUUCUUAUCUUUAGGAGUGUAAUUACGUAGGUAUCUCUAAGUUGUUAUUUAUUUCUCAGCCUUGUAUGUAAUACACUGGCUAUAUAAAGUCCAACACAGAAUAAAAUACAAAUUAGUUGAUCUGCGUCA